ACCCCCCAACGGGGCACCGUGGGACGACGAGGGAUCUCGCAGGGACAUCAUGGGAUACGCGCAUUUAGCUUUAGUUAAUCAUAAGAUAGUUAAUAUCUAUAAAUUCAAUGUAAGCACAUUCUAUAGAAUGAUACGAUUCUUUAAAUAUGUAAAAUAUUUUACAUAUCAUAACUUAAUUAUAACUAUUUUCAAUUUGAACUUUGAUUUGUAUUUUAAUAUAUUGUGCUUUGGUUUACUUUUCAUCGGUUUUUUCUUAAAGCUCCUUUUGCUGUUCGUUUGCACGAUGAUAAGAAUUUGUGAACAUUUUGCAAUCGUAUAUCAAAAGGAGUUAAAUUUUUUUUUUUUUUAUUGAAUAAAUUUAUUUUAAAGUAAAAGAAUGAUGGAUGGGACAAGAAUGGAUCUCGACACGUAGCAACGUGGUAAAAUCAGGGCAAUCAUUGUUAUUUGUGAUACAAUGACUAAUUGUAUUCCUGCCAUAUAAUUAUAAAUUCUAUAACAAAUGAUCUAAUCCGCUACGAUCACGAUUUAAUUUUUAUGUAAUUAAAGGAUUUGUUGAGUUGUUAGAGAAAUCGUUGAUUUCUAAAAUUAUAGAUUGAAUUUUUUUAUGAUAACGUAUAGUGCAUUUGCAAAUAUUAUCGAAGACCGUAGAACUUAGAUUUUAAUGGAUAUUUCAAAACAUAUGAUUUGAUAAAGUAAUAGAUCUUUUCUAUGUUUCCUUUUUCAUUAAAUAUCAGGUCCAUUCUAAAUAUAUUUCCCUAAGUAUAUUUCAAUAAAUAAAACAUCCGUUAUAAGUAAUAAUUUUAUCGAUUCCAACGAAAAACCAAUCGAUAAGUUCGUAAAACACAAAUAGAGCUCUUUCUGAUACAUACAUAAAUGUAUAAUAAAAAAAAAUGAAAUAAUUUUAGAUACUAAUCCCGUGUUUUGGAAUCUGGAGAUACAAUUAAACAUUUUGCUUGUAUCAUUUUACUUGGUAUAGUAUAUAGUAUGUAUAGUAUGCCUGUAGUAUAUAGUAUAUAUGCUGUUAAAGUAUUGUUCGAAGAACACUUUAAAGAUAAUAUUUAAAAUAAAAUUGUUGCUUUUUGCAAUUUGUAUAUAUGUAUAAAGAUGUAAACAUAAAGCAUGGCAACGUGUCAAAAUGGCCGAUCUCAACAAAGAACUAAACGAAUAUCUUCUUAGCAGUAAACAUGAAAAACAAUUUAAAAUUACCGUACCUUCGGUAACAAUACCAAAAGCGAGCAUUGGAAAAUGGUUCGGAAAAAAUGAAAACGAUAAAGAAGAGGCAGGAUGGAUCCAGGGAACACAAAAGGAAUGUUGUCCUAGUAUGACAAGAAUACAAAGACUAAUAGGUUUUGUCGUAUGCUUUUCUAUGGGUGUACUUUGUUUAUGUCUAUCAGCGGUAUACAUUCCGGUUCUACUAAUUAAAGCGAGAAAGUUUGCACUUUUGUAUACUUUAGGAAGCGUUUUCUUCCUCUCAAGCUUUUGCUUCCUUUUGGGUCCAUUAAGUUAUUUAAAAUCAUUAUUCACUGCUGAAAGAAGGUGUUUCAGUAUGUCCUACUUUGCAACCUUAAUAGGAACACUUUAUUCUGCUCUACAUUUGCAGUCUACCCCAUUAACAGUACUCUGUGCUGUCUUGCAAUUAAUAGCUAUGUUAUCAUUCUUGAUAAGUCAUAUACCAGGAGGAAUUAAAGGUCUGAUGUUUUUUACAAGAAUGUUCAAGUCGUCUGUAAAUUCUACAUUGCCUGUAUGAUAUCAUAGUGACUUAGAUAUUAAAUAUAUACAUGAAAUUAACAUUGUAUCUCUAAUUUUAAUAUUUUUUAUAAAUAUUUCCAUAUAAUAUAAAAUAUAGUAUUUAUAUGCAAAUGGA